AUGGCCGGUGCCGGCGGCGGUGAAGCAGCGGGCGUCGUGGGGGGCGGCGAGUGGCCCUUCACGGCCGACGACGCGCACUACGCCGACUCCUCGGCGAUGUUCGCGGAGCUCGCCGGUUGCUGGGCCGCCGCCGGUGGGACGACGACGGAGGAGCUGAUGAUGAUGUCGAUGAUGCUGCCGCCGCUGGAUCCGCCGGAGGACCAUCGGGGCACGCAACCUCCGCCACCCUGUCUGUCGUCGGAGGAGCAGGCGGUACUGGCGGCGACGACGAUGCCGACGCCUGCCGGGUCCGCCGUGUCGUUGGAUGGCGGCGCGUCGUCGGCCAGCUCCACCGACGACGGCGCCGCCGCCGCGCAGGAGGACGACGACGACGGGGUGCUGGCGGCCGCCGCAGCCACCGAGGCAGCGAGCAAGCCGCCGGCGCCGGGGAAGACGACGAAGUCGUCGUCGGCGGGGCAGAAGCGGGCGCGGCAGCCGCGGUUCGCCUUCAUGACCAAGAGCGACGUGGACCACCUCGAGGACGGAUACCGAUGGAGGAAGUACGGACAGAAGGCCGUCAAGAACAGCCCCUUCCCCAGGAGCUACUACCGGUGCACCAACAGCAAGUGCACGGUGAAGAAGCGGGUGGAGCGCUCCUCCGACGACCCCUCCGUCGUCAUCACCACCUACGAGGGCCAGCACUGCCACCACACCGUCGCCUUCCCGCGCGCCCACCACCUCCACGUUGCCGCUGCACUCGCCGCCGCCGCCGGCGGCGGCCACCACCACAUGCCAUUCCAAUUCUCUGCCUCCGCUUACCAGCACAACCACCACCACCUCUACGGCGGCACAACCACCAGCAGCGACGCCGACCACGGCCACCUGCUGCCGCCGCUGCUCCUCCCGACGACACCCGCGCCGCCUCAGCAGAACGCUCUCAACGACAGCGACAGCAACCUGCUAAGGCCGCCGCUGCUGCACUGCAACAACCAGGAGCUUCUGCUAGCGAAGGCGCGCUAUCCCUUGUCGUCGUCCUCGGCUACCAUGUCGUCCAUGCCAGUGGCUUCAGUGUCAACGACGACGACGUUGCCGCCGCCGCCGGUUAGCAGUGCUGCUGCUCCGGCGGCCGUCGACAAGGGGCUUCUUGACGACAUGGUGCCGCCGGCUAUGAGGCAUGGGUAG